UGGGGCGGGGCUGCCGGCGCCGUAGGUGCGGCCGCCUGGGUUGCUACAGGUGCGUUGCGGGAGCCGGAGCGCGAAGUAGCCGUAGUGGGGUGGACUGUAGCGCGGAGUUUGAGGCAGCUGGUGAGCCCGGGGAAUUUCAGCAUCUUGAGACAAGAUGGACCCGGCUCCAUUUACCAGGCGACAAUGGACUUCACAGUCUUUGAGGAUCACCGCCAAAGAACUUUCUCUUGUCAAUAAGAACAAGUCAUCUGCUAUUGUGGAAAUAUUCUCCAAGUACCAGAAAGCAGCUGAAGAAGCAAAUACAGAUAAGAAGAAAAAUAACACUGAGAACUUCCCCCAGCAUUUUAGAAAGGGGACGCUGAGUGUGUUAAAGAAGAAGUGGGAGAAUCCAGAGCUGGGAACAGAGCCUCAGACAGAAACUCUACGGAACAGCAGUGCUGAGGUGAGACUGAAGGGCGACCAUCUCGGUGUUCCAGUGGAAAACAACACUUCUUCAGUAGCUGGAAUUACUCAAGCAGAAGGGAUUGUUACCAGAUCUAGACUUCAGUCCCCUUCAGAAGUCCUUCUCCAGGCUCAGUAUCCCCACAAUCACAGUGAAGAGUUUAAAGUCCGUUCACUAGACACUGGCAAAAUGGAAAACUGUCUGAGAGAAUCCAAGCAAGAAACAGGAAAACCUGAAGCCAAUGAGAACCCAGAUGCUACAGGCAAAAUAGAGAAAUAUAACGUCCCACUCAACAGACUUAAGAUGAUGUUUGAGAAGGGAGAUUCAGCUCAGACAAAGAUUCUUUGGGACCAAAGCAGAAAUGCAGGUGGAAGAAGGAUCUCUGAAAAUUGCCUUUCUCUGGAAGACUUGGAACCUGGCCCUGGUCAGUUGUCUUCUUCUACAUUUAGUUCAGAGAAAAGUGAGAGUAAAAAAAGUCUAGAGAUCCCUCGCCUUUCUGAAACAUCAAUAAAAGACAGGAUGGCCAAAUACCAGGCAGCUGUGUCCAAGCAAGGCAAUUCCACAAAUUAUAUGAAUGAGCUAAGAAAUACUGGUAAUGAAAUUAAAACCUAUAAAUUGGAGCAAAAAGAGAAUGUUCCCCCAGGUCCUGAAGACUGUAUCUCCCAUCAAGAAGGAGAGAAGAUUCCAGCAACUGAAAACAGCCUGACAUUCCAUUCUGCCAUUACUGAAGAUGGCUCCUGUAACUCCCAGAGUGAAAGUGAACUCCAGAAGCCUGUACAUCUCAAGCAGCAAAGUCCUGACUCCAGAGCUGCUACCUAUACAGAAAGUUCUCCACCUAAAGCAACAAAGAAAUUCCAGCUACCUGCAAAAGAGCAGUGUGUUGAAUGUCAGAAAACAGUGUACCCAAUGGAGCGCCUCUUGGCCAAUCAGCAGGUGUUUCAUGUCAGCUGUUUCCGCUGCUUCUAUUGCAACAACAAACUCAGUCUAGGAACAUAUGCAUCCUUACAUGGGAGAAUCUAUUGCAAGCCUCACUUCAAUCAGCUCUUUAAAUCUAAAGGCAACUAUGACGAAGGCUUUGGACAUAAACCACACAAGGAUCUAUGGGCAAGCAGAAAUGAAACUGAAGAGUCUCUGGAGAGACCAGCCCAGCUUAUAAAUUCAACUGAGAGUCCCCAGAACCCAGGAGUUGAGGAUGCUCCCAUUGCUAAGGUGGGCGUGUUGACUGCUAGUAUGGAAGCCAAAGCCACCUCUCAGCCAGAAAAGGAAGACAAACCAGCUGAAACAAAGAAACUGAGGAUUGCUUGGCCACCUCCAACAGAACUCGGUAGUUCAGGAAGUAUUUUGGAAGAAGGGAUCAAAAUGUUGAAGCCCAAAUGGCCUCCUGAGGAUGAGAUCAGCAAGCCAGAUAGUCUUGAAGAUGUGGACCUGGAUUUGAAAAAGCUAAGAAGAUCAUCUUCACUGAAAGAAAGAAGUCGCCCAUUCACAGUAGCAGCAUCAUUUCGAGCUACAUCUGUCAAAAGCCCCAAAGCCCUGUCUCCGCCUGUUAGGAGAGACUGGAGCAUGCAAGAACAGAAUGAGAAAUUUGAAGGGAGAACAGUAACAGAGCGAAAACAAACAAAGAAAGGCAAAGUCAAGGAGAAUGGGAAUGUGGAGAAAGCCGACUGGAAGAACAAAGAACCGAUAGAAGAGAGGAGAAGGAAGAGCAGGGAGAGUCCUGGUAUUGAGGGAAAGGAUGAUAAUUUUGAAGAGAAUGGUCAAGUAUUAGGUGCAGAUACAUGUGAAGAUGUCAACACAGAACAUCAGUCCUCACUAAAACCAGAGUCCCCAAAUUUUUCCAACUACCAGGGUCACAAAUCCAUCAAGGAAUUUGUGACUUCUCAGAAUCGGAAAUCUCAGGAUGUGGGAUUCUGGGAAGAAGAAAUAGAAGAGCUAUCAGUGGAAGAGCAGAUAAAGAGGAAUCGCUAUUAUGAUGAUGAUGAAGAAGAUGAUGAUGAAGAUGAAAAACAAAUUGGCAUUUAACUAGAAAAUUUGCAAAGGUGCUGGGCCUUAUCUUGGUGAUAGUGUUAGUAAGCAGCUGCCAUCCUUAAAAUUGAUGCUUUUCCUGCAAAUCAACAGAUACCUUAGAACUAUAAUUUAUAUGGAAGUAAAAUUUUGUGUGAAAAUGCAGUGGAUGGCAUUUCUGGCUUACACAGUGCCUCUUCUUAAAUUAUUAGCUUAGGCAGGGUUAUCCUGCUUCAGAUAAACCCCAUAUUGCUACCCAAAUGAAAAUAAAUGCAAGAGAUCUUGUACUUAAAUCCUUUGAUUUUAGGCAAAGAUGAUACAUGCAUUAAGUGCUUUGAAGGUGAAGUCUUGUACAUUCAAGGACAACAAUUAAAAUAAAUGAUUCCCUUUGGGAUUUUCUUGUGUUCCCAAGAAACAGGGUUACAGCCAGAUUUUAUUGACACACUAUUAGUACUCCAAACACUACCAUGGACUAGGGAAACCGGUUCAGAAGGGACUUAGAGGCCUAACAAUUAUGACUGAAUGCACUUUAGUAUAAAGGGCACAAAUAGUAUAUUUUCUAAUGAAAACAAAUGUAAUUGCUUAUUAUUCAUCCAAGUGAUCAAAUUUUUAGUUUCUUUAAAAAUAAAUUCAUUUUCUUUUUUAAAUCAUUAAAAAAAUAGUAUUGUUUUGCAUCCUCCAACCCACAUUCUGUAAUGAAAUUGUUAGGGUGUAACACCAUCGAUCUUUGUGGAGUUUCUUUUGAGGAGAUUGACAUUCAUCCUUAGGCAGCAGUGAUGGAGGGUCUAGCUGUCACCCAAAUAAAAUACAGCAUUUGCCAAGGAGUUUGACAUCUUUGCAAGAAACUGUUCAGUGUCCUUUCUCUGUAGUAUUCAUGUUUGCUGUAAUUUACUUAAUGUGACAACAUUCUUGAGACUCUUUAAAAACCUGAACCUCUGUUCACCAGAGACUUCAUUUUUAAUACCUAAUUAGCUCUGAAAUGUAUCAAUUAUGUUAAAGACAAUAUUUCCAGUGUAAAGCUAGACCAACUGUUGGUCUUUUCCUUGGAACUUAUUUCUAGUGUUAAGAUUUCUGAACACUUCAAAUGUGAUUACAUUUAUUUUACAUAAUUUAUAUUCCAUCUUGGGGUGGGGGAGGUUUUAAACUGUAGGCUCUUUUGUACUGUAUCUUUAGAAAUUUAGCUCUGAUUAUAUUUUUUAGAGAUGUAAAGUAUUCUGCUUUCUUACCAGUAUCGCUCAUAAUAAAACAUUUUUAUCCAA